AUGGAUUUGUCUUCCGCAACUGAAUGGGGGUCCAUCAACGACUCGGAGAUAGAUCUGUUACUUCGGGAGCGGGAGAGACGCGAGGGUGCGGAAGAAGCUGUCCAAGUGGCGUCUUCACAGCCGGAGUCUUUAGAAGCCACACAGGCUGACGAGAGUGGCGUUCAGAAUUCCGAUGAUUGGGGGUCGAUGAACGAUGGAGAGUUCAUUUCGUUUGUCAACAAGCUGAGCCAGAGUCGCGGACUGAAACAGCCGUUGAUCACCUCCCAGCCCGUGUCCGAUCACGCGGAUCAGGGUGGUUCCGAUCAAAAUAUUAUGUCAAGCAAUCGCGCGUCGGAAAGCUUCCGCAGCAACUCGCCACUCAACGACCAAGAUUUGCAGCUAUCGGUGGAUCCCGCAGAGGUCGACCAAGGCAGCCAGGAGAUCGAGUUUGGCGAUUUCGACACGUAUUUCCGGCACAAGGCUUUGAAACAGCAGGAAGAGGAUCUCCAGUACGUUGAAUUCAUCAAGAACGCUCGCGGCUUGGAAUAUCCGCCGGUAUUCGAAGGAUGCGUCAUCUACAUCAACGGCAAGACGAGUCCGGACGCGGAGCAGCUCCACAAACUCAUCAUCCUCCAUGGCGGAACGUAUAUCCAGGCGCUGGGAGCCAAGGGAAAUGCCACCCAUAUCAUCUCAGAGACAUUGACUCCUCAGAAAAAGCUCGAGUUUAGAAACUACAAGGUGUUGAAGCCCACGUGGAUCACAGAAAGCAUCGAGUCGAAGCGGCUGCUACAUUGGGCCGACUACAUGGUGAUCCAUAACGAUUAUGGCCAACAACGUAUUGACACUGCUGCCAAGCCGGUGGUCGAAGAGGAAGCAGAGAUCUCUCAGCUUUCGCAGAUCACCGAUCCAGAAGACAACCUGGACAAACAAGAGGAGGUGGAGAUGCCCGACCACAUGAACUGCAAGCACCCGAACUUUCUGUCGAACUUCUUUGCCAAGUCUCGGUUGCACCAUUUGAGUUCCUGGAAAGCAGACCUGCGGUCGCAUUUUUUGCACCGGGCGAUAGAUACUCUCACCAGCAGGAAGCUCGAAAAGGUUGCAACCAGCACGCGGGUGAUUCUGCACGUUGAUUUCGACUGUUUCUUUGCCACGGUCUCGGCGUUGAUGCACGACCCGCCAAUAGACAUCAACAGUGUUCCUGUUUGUGUUACUCAUGGAGGCAACACCUCGGAUAUUGCUUCUUGUAACUACGUCGCCAGAGCAAAAGGGUGUAGAAACGGCAUGUGGCUGCGUUCCGCAAGAAGAUUAUGUCCUGAACUGGUUUGUCUUGAGUACCAGUUUGACGAGUAUGAGCGGAUAUCCAAGCUAUUCUACGAGAUUUUGCUUGGUUUCGAGAUCGACUCGAUUCUGCCUGUUUCUGUUGACGAGGCCCUGUUGGACAUCACUUCGCUGAGCGUGACAAAGAGUCCUGCUGAAAUCAUGACGGAGAUCAAACAGGAGGUCCAGAAGCUCACAAAGUGCUCUGUGAGCUGCGGAAGCGGGCCCAACGUGCUGCUGGCCAAGCUGGCUCUGCACAGAGCCAAACCGAACGGAAUGUACUACGUCCACGACGACGAGGUGCUCACGUUUCUGGACACGGUCAGGUUUGCUGACCUGCCGGGAAUAGGACCGCAGAUUUGCAGCAAGCUGGAAACCGAGCUGAAUAUCACUAACGCUUGGGUGACCGAGCUUCGCAGCGUGUCCAAGCAGAAACUGUCGUCUGUGUUUGGCCCGAAAACAGGAGUGACAAUAUUCAACUAUGUCCGGGGAAUCGACGAUACGACGAUCGAUAUUCUGGCCAAUCCAGAAGAGUACGAGCGGAAGUCGCUCUCGAUCGACGUCAACUGGGGAAUACGGUUCGACACCGACGUGGAGGUGGAAAAGUUUCUGGGCGAUCUUGCCAAGGAAAUGAAUACGCGGUUGCUCAAGGUGAACAUGGUUGGCUCUUCAAUCACGUUGAAACUGGCCACUCGACACCCAGACGCCCCGGUUGACCCGCCAAAGUAUCUGGGAAUGGGCCAUUGCGAGUUUGUUUCGCGAACAACACGAUUUGGUCAUUUCACGCGCGAGGCAGGCAUUUUGGCAACGGAGCUAAAACAUAUUUACAGAGCAAUUAAUCCGGACGUUAAAGAGCUGCGGGGAGUUUCCAUAUCGAUGAACAAACUGGUCUCCGACCAGAAAAAGACCCAGAAGGGGCUUGAUGCCGAUCAGAAACAGCUUCCGUUCAAGUCGGGUCUUUUCAAGCUCGACAAACCCGAGUCUUUGAAACCUGCUACCAAACCCAAAAGUCCAGUUCGAAGAAACGAGGGCACUUUUGGAAUACGCGAGAGCGAGAUCAACUGGGAAGUUUUCAACGAGCUGCCGUCACAGAUCCAAAAGGAGCUCAAGGAGGAGCUGGGGAGAAGAAACUUGGGAAUCACUGGCUCGUUGUACGAGUCUCCAAAGAAACGGAAAGUUGAUUUCUUCAGCAACUUCGUUUCUCCCAAGAAGAAACGGCCACCGGAAAGAACGCUGUUAGACUCGAACUACAUCGAAACGAGGACCCCGGUGUCGUUCCAGAAGACCCCCAUCACCGAUUUCAUGGGUAUUAUGGCCAAAUUGGGGACGUGGUUCGACCAUUCGAUCCAGGCCCGCGGCCCGCACGAGAAAGACCUGGUGCUUUUCAAUGAGUUCAUGUUUGGACUGCUUGAGAUCGACGAGAUGCUCAAGUUCCACUCGAUUGUCCGGUUGUUUGAGGAAAAACUAAUUAUGCACAAAACUGCUACUGGCUACCACGAAUGGAGCCGGCUGGUUAACGAGUUACGAACGAUUUUUAAUGAGGUUAAAUACGAGGACCUAGAGUUUGGGUUCUAG